AAAUUGUUUACAAAUGGCGGCGGGUAAUUUUCAAAAUCAUUUCUACUUUAUUCAAUAUACAGCACCAGUGCAGCCGAAUUGCCAAUAAACGGGCGAUAAUAGGAGUAUUUAUUGUGAUAAACAUGGGUUCCCGACGAAUUAAAGGAGACAUAAACCCAAGGCUAAUGGCAAAGCUGAAUGCAGAGAAUGCGCAACUGGAAGAAGAUAUAAGUCAACUAACUGAUGGUCUGAAUUACUUCGAGAAAGUUAAAAAUGCAGAACAGUCAAGUGUAAGAGGAUUAAUCAGGCGUGAAGUAGGAGGGAGUACGUGGGAACAUGGUGCUGAAGGCAAACUUAAUAACUAUAAAUCAAACAGAGACCUGAAGCUCAAGCAAUCAACAAAGCCACAAACACAUUAUUCUAAAGCAGGCAGUGUCAAGAGAAGCAAAGACAAUCAAACGCAUGAUAAAUAUAAUAUAUCUGGUGGAAAACUGAAGAGUAAACAUUCAAUACCAACUGGUGGGGAUCUGAAAACCGUAUCAGGGGGACAGCUUGAUUUAGCCCCAUCUGUAGAUAAAGUGGAUCUCAAGAAACCUGCACAGGUUAAAAAUAAAAGUUCAAGUGCUCUUAGAGCUGGCAAUAAAACAGAAGAAUCGAAGGAUGGAUAUUUUGUACCAAAAGAGCAAAGUCUUGGAUCUUUUAAUUUUGAUCCAACUUCUACUUUACAAAUUAACAUGAAAAAGAAGCCCAUAACAAAGAACAUUCCAAGUACAGAGCCUAUAGUCAUUCCACAAAGCGGUACUGUCAACAUUCCAAACAUUGAAAAUAUAUCCAUUCCGCCUUUAUUACUACAACCCUCUACAAAUCAUUGUGACCAGGAUAUAUCAUGUUGGUUGCAGACUUUACAUCUGAAAAACCCUGAAAAAUAUGAGGCAAUAUUCUCCCAACAUGAAUUAGAUUUAGAGAGUCUGAAACUUGUCACUGAAGAGCAGCUGAGAGAGAUGGGUGUUACUGCUAUUGGUGCUAUCAACAAACUUUUAUUUGCUAUAAAAGAGCUCAGAGGGGAAGACAUUGAAGAGGUGCUAACUGCAAGGAAUAUGGAAGAAAGGGGAUUGAUCUCAGGAAAUAAAGUCAAAGAAACCAAAACAAAAAUUUCGGAGAAUUCAUCUUCAAUAAAGGUAGAUCCAGUGUUCCAAAAAUCUGGAGGCAAUAAUAAAAUCUCUGCUCAAAAAUCUGGUGGAAACAGAACUUUGAAAGAUCACUCAACUAGACCAGGCUCUUCUAAAAGUGGGAUUAGAGGAAGUAGUGGUUUGCUGAAAGCUAAAGCAACAGGUGGAGGGGGUUUGUUAAAAGCAACAGGGGCAUCAAGAGCAAAAUCUGCUCCAGUUAAAAGAACAGCUAAGAGUGCUCCCCCCAAAUCUACUACCAGCAUACAGCAAAGUACCACUCUGCCAAGGGGUUCACUUCAAGUGACUGGAGAUGUUAUACAAUCGACAAAUAAGCCAGUUAGAAAGGAAAGAGAACAAGACGAUUCUACUAACAUAGCAGAUAUAAGCACAGAAUCUGUUCUACUGAAUUUAGAGGCCCAGGUACAAAGACUGCAGAGUGAAGAAGGGGCAGAGCAACAUAUGACUUCAGAAAUGAUUGACAGAUUGGAAGGUCAAUUAAAACAAGUUCAGCAGCAAAUCUCAGAGAAAAAACGAUUGAUGGGUAUGGGCAUGACAUCUUCUGAUGCUGAUGCUCCGGGGACAAUCCAGUCACUAGCGCCAUCUAAAAGUGGUGAUGGGGUCACUAAAAGUAGUAAAAAUUCUGUAGAAAACAGCAAAAAAUUUCAGAGUGUUUCUAUGUCAAUGAGUAAGAGACAAUUGGUGGACCAGGCAAGGAGGGACAAAGAUGAAAGCAGAAAACAUAUUCGGCACUUGGAGUCGGAACUGGAGAGAGUGAAAUAUAAGAACCCUGUUGGGAAGGUGGAACUGAACACAGAAGAUAUCAUUUUUACACAACAAGAUGAGUUAGGUGAGGGUGCUUUCUCAGUGGUGUAUAGAGGGAGCUACCAGGGGUCAGAGGUCGCCAUAAAGCAACUUAAAGUUCCGCUGACCUCCCAAGAUAAAAACUACUUUGCAGCUGAGGUUAGCCUCCUGAGAGAGCUGAGGCAUCCACGUGUUGUGUUACUGCUAGGUGUAUGUACCACUACAAAGCUACCCCUUAUGGUACUAGAAUACAUGUCUGGUGGAUCCCUCUAUAAUGUUCUACAUGACCAUACACAAGACCCCUUAGACCAUGUAGCAUUCUACCAGAUAGCUAGAGACAUAUCACUAGGCAUGAACUACCUUCACAAACACAAGCCAUGUGUCUUACACCUUGACCUCAAAUCUCUUAAUGUGCUAUUGGGGGCUCAAGGUAGAGCGAAAAUAGCAGAUUUUGGAUUCUCAAAAUUUAGGCAUGAUGCUAGUGUUCUGAAGCCUACAAAGUCAGCUGUGAAGCCAACCAAAGAGUCAGUAAGGGGCACUCCUGGUUAUAUGGCACCAGAAAUGUUGAGCGUUGGGGAUGUAACGCCAAAGUCUGAUGUCUACAGCUUUGGGAUUAUACUAUGGGAGAUGGUUACCAGGCAACAUCCUUAUAAGGGAUGCUCACUCUUCCAGAUCAUUGAGCGUGUCAGGAAAAACAAACGUCCAGACAUUCCAGCUAGCUGUCCUGGUCAAGUGGAGUCCCUAAUAAUAGCAUGUUGGCACCAAAGUCCAUCUAGGAGACCUAGCUUCCAGGCUAUUCUAGAGACACUAGAAAACAUGAGUUUUCCACAGUCUUGGCGAAAUCUCUUCAACACAGCAGGUGUUCCCCCACAGGCCUUGCAUAACAUGGAAUCUGCAAGGGACAUUAUCAACCUUGUUAAUACAACUCUGGAAGGUGUCCCAGAAUCCAACAGUGGAUCCUCUCUGGAUGGUAUCCCAGAAUCCAACAGUGGAGCCACUCUCCAUGGUAACCCAGGUUACAACAACAGACUGUUCUUGGAAACCUCAAAUAAUAUUGCAGGAAGCGAGUUUUCGGAUUCAUUGGGGCAAAGUAGACACAGUAAUGUUGAUGCUGCUCACAAAGACUCUAAGACAUAUCUUAAUGAAACAUCAAACUGCGAGAAGACUCCUGAGAAUAUGGUGAAUCGGUUAUAUGAGAAUGCCAUUGAAAUAUGCCGUAUUACAAACAAACUAAGCGACAAACCAUCAAAUCAAACACAAACAGUGCCCAAUAGGAAGAAAACCACUAACACCAAACCUGCUAGCUCAAAAAUGAGACAUAACUUGGAAAGCAGGACAAGCUCAGAGUUUGGGCAGCCAAGCUCCGAAUUCAGGCCAACUAGUUCAGAAUUAAGGCUUUCAUUGGAUGAUUCGGAUGAAACAUACAGUGUCCCAUCUGAUGUUUUAAAAAUCAGUCCAAGGAUGCAUUCUAUAUUGAGAUCUGUGGCACCCAACAUGGACAAAUAUUCAGUCGCCAAGGCUUCAUUGUUUUCUGCUGAAUCACAAACUAAUCCAACACAUUGCUCAAUUCAAUCUCCACAUUCCAUGAUCGAACCCCAUUUGGAGGAUGAAUUUCCUCAGAGUAUUUGUCAGCCCGUGCAAGGAGAGGGGGAUUUUUCUCUUACAGCUAAAUUAGAAGAUAAUUAUUAUAAUCCAUGGACAGUGUCUUCUGAUCCCUCUAGUGCUAGAUCUGUUCACAGUGAAGCUCAACUAAACUCAGCUAGAACUAGCAAAGCUGGAACAAUGCCUCCCAUGUCUGCAUGGGCUGAGGUGGAUAAUACUGGGCAAACCAGACCUCCCUUGUCUGUAGUUCCCAUACCACCUCCACUACCAAGUGCCACAGAGCUGAAAUUACAUUUGGAUAAAAUGCGAGAGAGAAAACGAUCACUCAGCUCUGAAAUGACCUUCGGGCAAGGUCAGCCAACAAGUCAAGGUCACCUUACAAGCCAAGGUCAAACCAGGCAUUCAAAACCUCCAAUGAAAAAUGAUGGUCCAGUUUGGCAUAUACCAAGAGAUGAUUUAAUCAAACAAAGAACUGUCUUAAAAUCGACAUCCUCCCCGCAUCCUAACCAACUGAGAGAUUUGAGUGAUGUCAGCCAAGAACAACUGGACAGCAUAGCUAGCAUACUGAGAAAGGCUGUUAGUGAGAGGAGAGAGGCUAUGAAGGAAGAUCCUCAAAGUGCAGAGUUCACAACUAGCGGCUGGUCCUUAACUGAUAUAUAAACAUUCUGAACUACAGCUGGUUCUUUACAUGUACACUACAGCUGGUUCUUUACAUGUACACUACAGCUGGUUCUAUACUGAUAGGGCCACAUGCUAUUACAUAUCAUGUUAUAUAUAAAUAGUUUAUUCUACAUUUUUCACUCUAGAGUUCCAAUUGUUGGUAUUUUGUUAGAUGUGAUAUUUUUCUGAAGUUGGAAUGGUGGUUCUACAAUUCGUUAUAUCAAUCUAAAAUGUUAUUAAGGGUUUUUCAGCUAUUUUAGAUGGUAUAAUUGAUGAGAAUGAAUUUCUACAAUAUACUGUUUUAGUGCCAUACAAUAAAUAUUUUAUUCCAAUAAACAAUAAAUUUUAGUAUAGUAAUAUUGUUCUGAUUUUAAAACAUCUAUUGGGCUUUUCUAAACUGUUAUGUUUUACAUUGUCAAUGUUUGUAUCAUUAUACAUUACAAAUUGGAUCUUUCCAAUGGUAUAUUUACAUCUUGUCUUGUAUUUGUAAAUCAUUGAUACGAUGCAGUUAAUUGCAGAGGCUUAAAUGUAUCAAUAUGUAACAUUCCAUGUUUUGUGUUAUUUAAUUUACAAUUAUGGGUAACUUACCAUAUUAUACAUUCAAUAAAAAUAAAUGUUAACCAAAAUGCAAAAUACACCGAUUUAUGUGUUAGAUUAGUUGAUAGUCUGGGGGUCAUUAAAAGAACUUUUGCAACUUUACGAAAGUUCUGUUAAUGACAUACUGACGAUAUUUCAUUC